AUGCCAGAUCCAGGAGUAGGCUUCGAGUAUCCUCGAGCUGAAGUCUCGUGGUUAAAGAGAGAUGUCUUGCUGUUCGCGGCAAGCAUUGGUUGCACGGCGGACGAGCUACAUUUCUUAUACGAUAAAGCGGAUUCGACGUACAAGAGGCUGACUGUGUGGGCAGCAUUCAAAAGGACAUCACAAGAAGUCAUAGACUUCUACAAAGCACAGGAAUCAAAUCCUAUUCCAGGCGUUCCAAAGCUCGACUCUCGAAGAGUCCUGGACGGACAGCGGAAGAUCGAGUUCCUGAAACCAUUACCACCAACCUCGGAGGGCAAGACGUUCGAGCUCCGUAGCAAAGUCCUUGGUGUCUAUGACAAAGGCAAGUCAGGAACAGUCGUCGAGACGGAGCAGACUAUUGUAGACAAGAGCACGGACGAGGUAUAUACCCGAGCAGUUGGUUCAGGCUUUUUCGUCGGACAAGGAGGAUGGGGCGGACCAAAGGGUCCAGCUACAGCUUCUUUCAAUCCACCCAAGGGCAGAGAACAGAGUCCUGAUGUGGUUCACGUCAAUCAACUGAACGACGAAAGUGCUCUGCUGUACAGACUGAACGGCGAUUACAACCCUCUCCAUGCGACACCGGAGCCAGGUCAGAAGAUGGGCUUCGGUGGUGCUAUCAUGCACGGGCUCUUCUCGUGGAACAACGCAGCGCAUGCGCUAUUGAAAGAGCUUGGUGGCUCAGAUCCUGCAAACAUUAAAGAGUUCCAGGCUCGUUUCGCAAGUCCCGUCAAGCCUGCUGAUAAGCUGGUGACCGAAAUCUGGCGAACAGGAGACAAGGACAAGGAUGGUUGGGAAGAAAUCCGCUUCAUCAGUCGGGUUGAAGGUGGAAAGGUGUGCCUAAGCAACGGGCGGGCACUGAUGAAAUGUAGUCCUCCAGUUGGCAAGAGCAAGCUGUAA